AUGUUUCUUGAUAGUUACCAAGAAGUUGAUCAAUGGAUGCUACUCUUAUCAAGAAAAAGUGUUAGGGAACUUGUGUUAAUUACUACUUCAAAUCGACGUUAUGAACUUCCUUCUAAUGUGUUCUCUUGUCUAAAAUUGACAAAACUUGAUUUGAAGAACUGUUUCUUUAAGCAACCACUUGAGCUUGAACGAUUUAUCAAUCUUCAAACUCUUUUUCUCCUGAAUAUUGAUUUUGGAGCUAACUUUUGCGAAACUGAGAUCAGCUUACCAAAGCUUAAUACGUUGUCCCUUAGUAACUGUACAAAUGUUUAUAGUUUCAACAUCAAGGUUACUAAACUGCAGAUGUUAUUUGUCUAUGGUUGUCAUGAUGCCAUGUUGCUCCGGUUAUUGCACACUCCAUGCCUUAGUCUUACUGAUGUUAGCAUAGCAUUUAUGAAACCCAUAAAGGAUUUCGUUCGAGCUGAAAGAUUGACAUUGGCUACAAUGUUAAGUAACUUGCCCAAAGUUAGAUCUCUAGUUACUGAUGGUCAUUUCCUUAAGUUUUUGAGUGCAGAAAAGAAUCUGAAUUGGCUUCCACAUACAGUUAAUGGUCUACAUAAUUUGUUGUUGAUGGAUUUUGAACUUGGUGAUUUGGAUCAACUUCAUGGUGCUCUUUAUUUGCUUCGAAACUCACCGAAUCUAGGAAAUCUGGGUAUAGUGCCUUGGUACAUGGGGCCUCAAGUUGAUAUGGGACCCGCUUUAAAUCAUUUGGAAUCUCUAAACUGCUUGGACUAUACAUUGAAUGAAUUGCAAACUGUGAUGAUAGUAUCUUUAGAAGGAUCAAGACCUGAACUAAUUUUUAUAAAGCUUCUACUUGCUCAUUCUCCUUCUCUAAAGAAGUUUACCUUUAGACUAAAUGAAGUUGAUGUUCAAAAAAGACUUAAAAUUGGUGAGGAUCUUCUGCGGUUCCCCCGAGCCUCACCAAAAGCAGAACUGGUCUACUUGAAUCUAGAGCUGUAA